AUGCGAACCCGGCAGGGUGAAGCGGAACCAAUUGUGCUCCUCAUGGCCGAGCGGGGUCUUAGCAGCCUCCUGCCCCGGGGAAUCAUCACCUACGAGGAAGGCGCACGACAGUCAACUAUCCACCUUGCCCUCGCAUCGAAGGGACUGAGUAGACGGGUCAUUCGGUCUGGCAUUCACCCCGUGGAAGAUGGAUCAGACCACCGUGCCAUUGAAACGGCCUUCCUGACCGAAGCGCGACCAACAGUCGCCCAGAGACCCCGCUUCUUAUUCCAAGAGGCCCCGUGGGCCGAUAUCAGCAGCGAGCUCCAAAGCCUCGAUUCUGAAAUCAUAGAUAUCGCAAGCCCAUCGGAAUUGGACGACACCGUCGAGCGCCUGACCAGCAGCGUUAGCCAAGCCAUUAGACGGCUAGUCCCGGCUGCAUGA